GGCCCGCGCUUGCAUCCCCAAGUCCACCUAUCCAUCUUCUCCUCGUCGAUUUGCGGCUCCUCCCCGUGCUGCCUCAUUUUUCCUGCCACCCGCCGCGACAGCAGCCACAGCAGCCACAGCAGCCACAGCAGCAGUAGCAGCAGCAGCAGCCGGAGCGUCCGCCGCAGCAGGAGAAGGAAGGGAAGGAGAGCCGUAUGGAACAAUGUCGACGUACGACAAGCUAAUCAAGCAGGCAACGAAGCCCAAGCCGGGGGCUCCCAAGCCAAAGUACAUUGACCCCAUCAUUGCGAGCUCCUUCAGCCAGGAUGGUUCGCUCCAGGACAUCUGCCGAGCCCUUGGAGGCCGAUUGCGCGAGCCCAGCAGCCUGGUCGUCUUCAAAAGUCUUAUCGUGCUCCACACCAUGAUUCGGAAUGGCGGCAUCGACAAUGUUCUCUCGCAUCUGGCAAGCGAUCAGGGCUCUCUGAAGCUGAAAAAUGUCGUACAGGGAGGGAACUGGCAGGGCCAAGAUGCACCAAGGACCAUGUCCAAUUACGCGGCCUACAUCGAUGAGCGAAUCCGGGCCUAUCGGGACCUCCGCCACGACGUCAUCAGGUCCGGCGACUCGGCGCGCACCCGGGGCGGGGCUGAUGCCACGACGCACCGGCUGCGACGGCUCACUGUGGAAAAGGGACUCUUGAGGGAGGUCGCCAUCUCGCAGAGGGUGUGCAGCAGGCUGCUGGACUGCGCGUUCUUCCUCGACAACCUCAACGACGACAUGACACUCACAGCCUUUCGUAUGACGCUUAAGGAUCUCUUGGCCAUCUACUCUGCCAUUAACGAAGGCGUCAUCAAUCUACUAGAGCACUACUUUGAAAUGUCAAAGGUCGACGCCGAACGAGCCUUGGACAUCUAUAAACGCUUCUGCCGCCACACGGAAAAGGUCGUGGCCUACCUCUCUGGCUCGAAAAAGGCUUCCUACUCCCUCAAUGUCCCAAUACCCAGCCUCAAGCAUGCUCCCAUCAGCUUGGCAGGCGCCCUGCAAGAAUACCUCGAAGACCCAAACUUUGAAAAGAACCGGCAAGAGUACAAGGAAAACAAGCGAAUCGCCGACGGAGGGGCACCCGCACCUAAGAAGGACGCAGUGCCCGCGUCGGACUCCAAGAAGAGCAUCACGAUCAAGGAGCCGACGGCAGAGGAAAAGACGAAGCCGGUGAAACCGCCGACUGAGAACCAGGCGAUCCAAGACUUCUUCCAGAGCAUCGAGACGGAGCAAAUGAGCAUGUUUGGCGGUGGGCCGGCCCAGCAGCAGCAGAUGCAGUACCUCUCUGGCCAGAUGGCGCCGAUGCCGACGGGGAUGGGCAUGAUGCAGCCCCAGAUGACGGGCUACAACCCUUUCUUUGGCAUGGGCGAUGCCAGCGGUUCUCAAAUGAUGAUGGCCCCGCAGCAGACGGGCUUUAUGCCGCAACAGACAGGCUUUGGUGGUGGUGGUGGUGUUGCUAUGGGAGGCGGCGGAUUUGGCUACCUCCAGUCACAGCCGACAGGCUUCAAUCCAUUCCGACAGAGCAUGAUGGUGCAGCCGCAGGCAACCGGCUUUGGCUCGUCUUCCCCCUUUGGCCAGAUGCUGCCUCCAGGACUGGAUCAGCAGCAGCAACAGCAGCAGCAGCAGCCUCAACAGCAACAGCCACAGCAACCGCAGCAGACCGGAGUGCCAUCGAGCAGCUCAGCAUCGUCGGCUCUCAACUCGUUCAACUCGGCCUUUGGCGGCCCUGCUUCGUCGAGCGCGAGCCCAGCAGGCGGCGCACCUGCGCAAGCGCCGCCUUCCCGCGCAGCCAGCGCUCCGAUCAAGUCCCAGAAGACGGGCUCGCGCAAUCCCUUUGCGCCUCCACCAGGCCAGACGCCGCCUCCCUCACCGCCGCCUCCACAGCCAAGGGGUCCAUCGCUGUUUGAGCUGGCAAUGGGCAGAUCGGGGCCCACGGCUGGCGGAGGUGGCAACUACGGUCUGGGCGCUGGCGCCUGGGACGGCACAGAUCCAACGAGGAAGCCGUCGGAUCAGCAGCAGCAGCAACAGCCAUCGCAAGGACUUGUGCCCCAGAAGACUGGGUUGAUCGGCAGCAUCGCGUCGGAGUUCACCUCGGUGGGCGCCCAAAACAGCCAGCAGCAGCAGUCGUCGUUGCCGAGCGCCGGCCAAGGGCAGCUGCAGGAUCAGGCGCAGGGACAGAAUCAGGGACAGACGAAUGGACUGCAGUCUUCAUUUGGCGCCCUCUCGCUUGGCGAGAAUAGGCCGGCGCCGGCGCCGCUGCAGGCUCAGCCGACGGGGUUUGCAGGCAGCUCGGUGCAGCCGUUUAAGCCGACGAGCAGCUUCGGAGCAAGUCUGGCCGCCAGCGGGCCCUUUUCUCAGCCCACGAGCCCAGCGCCGGUAGCGCCCAACAUGACUGGCAAUCCCUUUGCGCUGUCCAACGGUGCUCCGUCCUCUGCUCAGAAUGGCGCUUCGACGAACGGGCUGUCGAGCCAGCCGACUGGCUUCCAUUCCCUUUCCUCCAAUGGCGCAUCCACAGGCGGACUGGCUAGCCAGCCGACGGGUUUCGGAAGCUCGCUCUUUGCAUCAUCAUCGUCGUCAUCCUCCGGCCCAGGUGCCACCUCGCCGGGCUUGACGGCCCAGCCGACAGGCUUUGCAGGAUCGAGCAUCAAGCCAUUCCAGCCCACGAGUGCCUUUGGGUCUGCCGCCUUUGGCCAGCAGUCGUCGGGCCAGCCCCAGCAGCAGCAGCCCCAGCAACAACAACAAAGCGCCACAACGUUUGGCACCCUCAUUUAAUCUCCUCAUUUGUGUGUGUUAUUCUUCCUAAAGAUUUGCUCCGUCGGCGGAUGAUUUCUUGUUUUUGCAAAAAAAGUUUUCCCUCCUCCUCCCCCCUCGCCAUUUUUCUUCCCGAGAAUAAAAUCCCCUUUGGACUUUGGUGGUGGUUGUCCCAUCGUCAUCGUGCCGGAGUUCUUCCGAGGGAAAGGAAGUCAAGGG